CGCAUGCGCUCCGGCGGCACCCGGGGAAUUAAAAGAGAGAGGGAAAAGCUCCCGCAGAAACGCGCGGCUCGCGUCCCUCGGCCGCGGCGUGAUGCGCACGGCCUGGCCCGUGACGCCGCGGCCACCCCCGUCCCCGCGCCCCAGCUGCCAUCGCGCGCCCGGCUCUGGGAACCCGGUGUCCGUCUUCGCUCCCUAUGGGGCUGCGCCGCUGGCUACGGAGCGCCUGCUGCUGCUGCCCGUGCCGGUGCCUGGAGGAGCCCGCGCGGCCGGAGAAGGAGCCGCUGGUCAGUGGUAACAAUCCGUAUUCCUCAUUUGGAGCAACUCUGGAGAGGGAUGAUGAAAAGAAUUUAUGGAGUAUGCCUCAUGAUGUAUCCCACACAGAGGCAGACGAUGACAGGAUCUUGUAUAAUCUGAUAGUCAUUCGUAAUCAGCAGACUAAAGACUCAGAGGAGUGGCAGAGACUCAACUAUGAUAUCUACACCCUGCGGCAGAUUCGCAGGGAAGUGAGAAACAGAUGGAGGAGAAUCCUCGAAGACUUGGGUUUUCAAAGGGAAGCCGACUCUUUGCUGUCAGUGACCAAACUCAGCACCAUGAGUGAUUCUAAAAACACAAGAAAAGCCCGAGAGAUGCUGUUGAAACUGGCUGAAGAGACCUCCAUCUUCCCAGCCAGCUGGGAGCUCUCUGAGAGGUACCUCUUGGUUGUGGACCGUCUCAUUGCUCUUGAUGCUGCCGAGGAGUUCUUUAAGAUUGCUAGCCGAACUUACCCCAAGAAGCCAGGGAUCCCAUGCCUGGCAGAUGGCCAGAAAAAACUGCACUACCUUCCGUUUCCAAGUCCCUAAAGGAUGGCCCGGAAGAGGAUCAGAGUUCUUUCACCAUGACACCGCAAUUUACCAAAGCUGGACCACUGCCUGUGGUUGCAAGUGAGCCAGGAGACGGCUUUCCACACUCAGACACAAUUCUGAAUCCUACAAAAUACACGGUCUUCCUCAGGGCCUUAGCCUGAGAACGCUCUGGUUACAUUAAAACACCUGGCAACUAUUCAUCGAGAAAGGAAGUUAAAGAGUUGGCUGGUGCAUAGUUUUUCCUGGCUGGUCAGAUUCCAAGAACUCAUCGCCUCAUUGACUCUAUAAGCUACCCUCAUCCAUCUGUGGAGGACUGGUGUUUGUUUGUUUGUUUGUUUGAGAUAGGGUUUCUCUGUAGCUUUGGAGCCUGUCCUGGAACUAGCUCUUGUAGACCAGGCUGGCUUUGAACUCACAGAGCUCCAGCUGCCUCUGCCUCCCGAGUGCUGGGAUUAAAGGCAUGUGCCACCACUGCCUGGAUUGACUAGUGUUUUCUAAUCAACAAAAUAGCUUGAAGAAUAGAGAAAGGUAUAAGUGAGCCCUUUAUUCCUGCAUCAACUUUGAAGUAAUCGUUAUUAAAUGUAAUGCUAGACAAAAUGCCCCAAAUUUCAUAAAAUUCUAGGCCUCGUGUGACCUCUCUUUGAUUUGGAAACGCCUGAAGCAGCUCAGAUGCUGGUUGGGGCAACAAUUUGAGCAUCAGGCGCGGUCAUUUAGGAGCAUAGGUGAGCCAGGCGAUAGAAAUGUGUAGCCACGCAGCCCAGAUAGCAGAACUUCCUGCAGCUAAGUAUCUUCAUUUGUGAUGCAAGCAGCCUAAACCCUCAACAUCAAUCCCUAGCAUUAAAGUUACCCAGUGGCCUCAGUUUUUAUGUGUUGCCCGUUUGUAGUCUCAAAGCCCUUGGCGUUUUGUGGAGACUAGCUUCUGUAAACUGGAAUGUCUGACCUCUGCUUCCUGUCUUGAACCUGUUUCCUACUUAUCAGCUGAGGGUGGUACCUGCCCAGGGACCUUGUGGUGCAGACUUGUAGCUAUGCGAGCGCUGGGUCUUCCAUCGGUCUGAACAUGAUUUUUCAAAAUGGAGCCAUGCUAACAGUGCAGCUCACCCACAGGAAGAGAAGCCCAGUUUCCCGAGAGCAUAAGCAAGGAGCUUGCCAAGAGUUCAUGGUUUAUUUCGUUGAAAAGCCUUUAAAGACUUGUAGGAUUUAUCAAUCGACUACUGAGAACAGUAGAAAUAUUUUUAUUUUUUAACGAUUUUGCACUUCUAACUUCAGGUUGAAAACAAAUUUGUAUAGUCUGUUCAGGGGGUUGUGACUUGAAUAAUUUCAUAUGCUGAGAAGACGUUUUUGCUUACGUACUCCAUGUUUAAAAUUUACUGGGAAAUACAUGUCCUCCGUUCAGUAAUGCAUUGUAGACCAACUUAACAGUUCCGUUUCCAGAGAAUUCGCCCUAGUUUAGUAAGUAAGCUAAAGUUUUAUUUUUUUAAUAUUUACUGCUUAAUCUCUGUCUCAUGUUGUUUGAAAUUAGCCCUUUGGAUAUUUUCACUCACUUCUGUGGGCCUUUAAAAAAUAAGCAAUAAAAUAAACAAAAGA